GGCGCCAUGGCGGCGCGGCGCUGGGUGGUGGCGGUGGCGCGGGCGGCGCUGCCGGUGGGGGCGGGACUGGGGCUGUGGGCGGCGGUGGGAGCGGGAGAGCCGCGGCGGCAGGAGGCCCUGAAGGCGCUUCCCGAGGUGACGUCGGAGCUGUUGGCGCAGCGACGGCACCACAACGAACUGAUCAUGGCGGCGCUGCGGGAGGCGGCCGAGACCGAGGAGAACGUAGCGCGGAGGGCGGUGCCGUGGCAGAAAUGAUCCCCCCGGAACCGCUUGAACUGGGAACCAGUAAACACCGGCGCUGGUUGCACUGGGAACCUGCGGGAAGCGGGACCGGAACUGUAAAGGCAGGAAUUGGGCAAUGCAGAACCGUUAAAUGGGGCACCAGGUGGGGCUGGAAUCGCCAAAACUGGGAUUAAUUGGACCUGGAACCAUCAGGACUGGGAUUAAUUGGACCUGGAACCAUCCGCCACGCCCGUUGCUGCCUCUGGAACCAUUAAACGGCGACACCGGUUGCUCCCGGGAUUCUCUCGUGCCUUUCAUUGCGGGUCCCUCUCGCGCCCCGGGACUG